AUGAAACUUUAUGCUAUCUAUCUAUCUAUCUAUCUAUCUAUCUAUCUAUCUAUCUAUCUAUCUAUCUAUCUAUCUAUCUCAGUUUGUUCAUAUCUAUCUAAAUUUGUUCAUAUCUAUCUAUCUAUCUAUCUAUCUAUCUAUCUAUCUAUCUAUCUAUCUAUCUAUCUAUCUCAGUUUGUUCAUAUCUAUCUAAAUUUGUUCAUAUCUAUCUAUCUAUCUAUCUAUCUAUCUAUCUAUCUCAAUUUGUUCAUAUCUAUCUAUCUCAAUUUGUUCAUAUCUAUCUAUCUAUCUCAAUUUAUUCAUAUCUAUCUAUCUAUCUAUCUAUCUAUCUAUCUAUCUAUCUAUCUAUCUAUCUAUCUAUCUCAAUUUGUUCAUAUCUAUCUAUCUAUCUAUCUAUCUCAAUUUAUUCAUAUCUAUCUAUCUACCUAUCUAUCUAUCUAUCUAUCUAUCUAUCUAUCUAUCUCAAUUUAUUCAUAUCUAUCUAUCUAUCUAUCUAUCUAUCUAUCUAUCUAUCUAUCUAUCUCAAUUUGUUCAUAUCUAUCUAUCUAUCUAUCUAUCUAUCUAUCUCAAUUUGUUCAUAUCUAUCUAUCUAUCUAUCUAUCUAUCUAUCUAUCUAUCUAUCUAUCUAUCUAUCUCAGCUUUAUUUUGUAUUUUCUUUUGUAUUCUUAUUCUAUCUUUAUCACUUUCGUCUCUCCCUUACUCUCCCUGUCUCUCCAUUCCUUUCUUUCUCUAUCAUUUACUUCUAUGUUUCUUUCCUUCCUUCUAUUUGUUUGUUUGUUUCUUUUUUCUCUUUCUUUCUUUCUUUCUUUCUUUCUUUCUUUCUUUCUUUCUUAUAGUUUACUUCUGUUUCUUUUCUUUCUUUUUAUUUGUCUUUCUUUCUUUCUUUCUUUCUUUCUUUCUUUCUUUCUUAUAGUUUACUUUUGUUUCUUUUCUUUCUUUUUAUUUGUCUUUCUUUCUUUCUUUCUUUCUUUCUUUCUUUCUUUCUUUCUUUCUUUCUUUCUUUCUUUCUUUUUUCUUUCUUUCUUUCUUUCUUUCUUUCUUAUAGUUUACUUGUUUUCUUUCUUUCUUUUUAUUUGUCUUUCUUUCUUUCUUUUCUUUCUUUCUUCCUUCCGUUCUUUCUUUCUUUCUUUCUUUUCUUUUCUUUCUUAUAGUUUUACUUCUGUUCUUUUCUUUCUUUCUUUCUUUCUUUCUUUCUUUCUUUACUCCCCUCAUUCUUCUUUCUACUACCACAUUCCUGUUUAUCGUCCCUGUUUUUUAUUCGUCUCUUCUUUCCUUUCCUUGUGGUCUGCUGCUGCUGCUAGAUGCCAUUUCGGGCGUUUAUUUCUCUCCCUCUCUUCCUUCCUUCCUUGCUUGCUUGAUUCUUUCCUUCUUUCCUUCUUUCCUUGCUUGAUUCUUUCUUUCGUUCGCCCGUUCGUUCCUUACUGCCCUUUUUCUUUCCUUCCUUCCAGUCUUGUUUGCUUCUUUCCUUCCUUGAUUCUUUCUUUCUUUCUUUCUUUCUUUUCCUUCCUUCCUUCCUUCCUUCCUUCCUUCCUUCCUUCCUUCCUUCCUUUCUUCCUCUUCCUUCCUUCUUUUCCUUCCAUGUUUCCUCCCUUCUUAUCUUCCUUCCUUCGUUCCUCCCUUCCCCUUUUCCUUCCUUCCUUGCUUCAUUCCUUCCUUAUUUCCUUCCUUCCUCCCUCCAUCAAUUCCUUCCUUCCUUCCUCUCUCACUUCCUUCCUUGCUUCUUUCCUUUCUUCUUUCCUUCCUUCUUUCCUUUAUUCUUUCUUUCUUUCCUUCUUUCGUUCGUUCCUUCCUUCCUGCCCUUUUUCUUUCCUUGUUUCCUUCCUUCCUUCUUACCUUCCUUCCUUGUUUCCUCUCUUAAUUCCCGCCUUCCUUCCUUGCUUCUUUCUUUCCUUCCUUCUUAUUUGCUUCUUUCUUUCUUUCUUUCUUUCUUUCUUUUCCUUCCUUCCUUCCUUCCUUCCUUCCUUCCUUCCUUCCUUCCUUCUAUUUACAGCUUUUCUUGCCUAUCCCUGA